CGCGGGGGCGGGGCGGGGCGCGGGGGGUGUCGUGGCCGCCGCCGGCAGCGCCGAGCCCCGCUGUCGCCAUGGCCGCGCCGCCGCCGCCCGCCGCCGCCAAGCGGAUCCUGUGCGUGGGGCUGGUCUGCCUGGACAUCAUCAGCGUGGUGGAGGCCUACCCCGCCGAGGACACCGACACCAGGUGCCUGUCGCAGCGGUGGCAGCGGGGCGGCAACGCCUCCAACUCGUGCACGGUGCUGGCCCUGCUGGGAGCCCCCUGCGCCUUCAUGGGCUCCCUGGCGCCCGGACGCGCCGCCGACUUCGUCGUGGCGGAUUUCCGGCGCCGGGGUGUGGACGUGGCGCACGUGGCCUGGCAGCCCCGGGGGGACGUGCCAUGCGCCUGCUGCGUCGUCAGCGCCGCCAGCGGCUCGCGGACCAUUGUGCUCCACGACACCAACCUGCCCGACGUGACGGCCCGCGACUUCGAGCAGGUCGACCUCUCCCAGUACAAGUGGAUCCACUGGGAGGGCCGGAACGCGUCGGAGCAGGUGAAGAUGAUGCGGCGCGUGGAGGAGCACAACCGGGCCCAGCCGGCGGCGCAGCGCGUGCGCACCUCGGUGGAGGUGGAGAAGCCGCGGGAGGAGCUGUUCCAGCUCUUCGGGCACGGCGACGUGGUCUUCGUCAGCAAGGACGUGGCGCGGCACCUGGGCUACGGGUCGGCGGCCGAGGCCCUGCGGGGGCUGCGCGGCCGCGUGCAGCAGGGGGCCACGAUCGUGUGCGCCUGGGCCGAGGCGGGGGCCGACGCCAUGGGGCCCGGCGGGGAGCUGGUGCACUCGGACGCCUUCCCGCCGGCCGCCGUGGUGGACACGCUGGGCGCCGGCGACACCUUCAACGCCGCCGUCAUCUUCGCCCUCUCCGAAGGGCAGAGCCUGCAGGAAGCCAUCACCUUCGGCUGCCGCGUGGCCGGCAGGAAGUGCGGCGUCCAGGGCUACGACGGCAUCGUGUGAGCCGGGCGCCGGCGCCGCCAAUAAAGCUGCCCGCGA